AUGCCCGGCACCAUCCCGGCCAUCACCGAUCCUGCCCUUGUUGACGCCACCCACACCCCCACCGACGUCUCGCGCGCAACCGUCUCGCCCCUCCUCGCCUCGGACCCGCACGUCGCCGCCGCUUCGAACCGUCACGACGACCCGCAGCCUCCGUCGCUCGUCACACCGUCGCCGCUCUCGCAUCCCACCUCGGGCGUCGCUUCCAAAGGCGCUGCACAGCUCACAUCCACCUCGUCCCUCUCCUCCGCACUUGCCCCCUCCAACCUCCAGGCCAACAUGACCAAGCAACUCUCCUCCCCCGCGUCCGGCGCCGGUGGCGUGCGCAAACGCAAGUCCAACGCCAGAUCCGCCGCCGCUGGCGCCGACAAGGAUGGCGCGUCGAGCGAGCUGGUCAAGUUUGUCGAGACCGACGGCCACUUUUCGCUCGUGCGCAACUUCCACCUCGCCGAUGCCUUUACGCUCAUGAACGCCUUUUGCGGCGCACAGUCGCUCUUCGCCUCGGCGCGCUACCUGAUCACCUCGGACCCCAAGCAUGCAUGGCUCGCGCUGUGGUUCCCGCUGUUCGGAGCGAUCUUUGAUCUGCUCGACGGCAAGGUGGCACGUUGGCGCAAGUCGUCGUCCAUGCUCGGACAGGAACUCGACAGUCUCGCCGACUCGCUCAGCUUUGGUGCCGCACCUGCCUUUGCCGCGUAUGCGCUCGGCCUGCGCGGUGGCCUGGACAGCUUCAUCCUCACGCUCUUCGUGUGUGCCGGUGUUGCCAGGCUCGCCAGAUUCAACGUGACCGCCGCCACGAUUCCGCACGAUGCUUCGGGCAAGGCGCGCUACUUUGAGGGUCUGCCCAUCCCGUCGUCGCUCGUGCUUGUCGGCGGUAUGGCAGUGUGCCUGCUCACCGGACGCAUCGAGCCUGGAGGACUGCCCAUCGCACUCGCAAAGGAACGCGGCUACAUCUCCAGCAAGGGUCUGACGUUCACUGGCUCGCUCCGCGAAUACCUCCCCGACAGCUUCAGCGGCCGAGGCGUCCCGCUCGGCACUUUUACCAUCGACUUUUCCAGCGCAGCCGCCAAGGUGUUCCACCUCAUCCCCGGAUUCUCCGCCAAGGACGCAGUCGAGACCGCACAGGCUGUGGCCAGGAUUCAGGGCCACUGGAUCGCCUUCCUCUGGCUGGCAUGGGCGACCGCAAUGGUCAGCAAGACCCUCCGCGUCCCCAAACCCUAA